CUCAUCCGAACCAAGCAGAGCAAAGCGGGCGGGCAGACCACAUUUGGAUGACGACGUUUUUUUCUUUCCAUCCGUCCUUCUUUUUUUCGCGCUCUUGUUCCCUGCAUCUCCGUCCGAGUUUGUUCGUCGUUUGCCUGCGACUUGACGAAGACCCUGAAAAAACCCCCCAUAUUCGGUUCUUAUCGUCUCAUUUCUCCAACAUCAAGUUGGCACUUUUCUUUCUUUUUCCUUUGUCCCUCUUAAGCUCGCUGUAGUAUUUCGCUCCUUGUUGCUUGCUUCCUAGCUAGCUGUCAAGCAGCAGCUUGUUGCAGACCACACCUUGCUUGGCCUGAGCCGGGACAACCCAAGCAACACAGCACACCUUGAAGCGCACAAUCGCCUGAACACACCGUGAUCUACUGCACGCUUCUGACCUGCACGUCGAGCUUCCAACUACCGCCGUACGUGGUCAUCAACACCUCGAUCUUUUCUUGCACAGACUUUACUCGUCUGCUGAAACCUCUAAGCCUGUCGGAAUAGACAGCCGCGCGCUCGAUAACGUGCGUCAGAGAAAUCGCCAAAGUUCAAUAAAAACCCUUGAAUUUACCUUUCAAGUCUCAAGCCGUCACCAUGUCGCACCGCGAUCGUGAUUUCUAUGACGACCGCGAGUCGUAUUACUCGACGGGUCCGCGUCGCUCCCGUGCUGGCUCUGAUACGGACCUGUACGAGCGGUUCCAAGAGGUUCGCCGCGACGACAGGAGGAUGCCUGUACGGGAGCGCGACCGGGACAACGACUCCGACUCACGCCUGCCCUCGUUUAUGAGGAGGGAUGAGUCCCGUCGUCCAGCAGAGUCCUCUGGGCCGCUGGUCCUGCGCCAACGUGAGGUGGAGACUGUUACGAGGCCGCAGCCCAGGUCACCCAGCCAAGUCAGAUUUCAGGAGGAACGCAGUUACAUCCGCCGGACAAGAAGCCCCAGUCGCAGCCCCAGCCCGCCGCCAGCCAGAGACAGGAUUGAUAUCAGGGAGACCAGGAUCAUGGAGCAGAACAGGAGGAGCCCCUCGGUCGAGCGGAUUCGUAGCGCCACGCGGAUAGUCAAAAGGGAACAGGAACGGGAGCCAUCCCCGGUUCGUAUUGUCCGGCGCGGUCGGUCGCCCUCGGUUGAACGAGAGCGCAUUCGCAUUAUUGAGCGUUCUCGGUCCAGGGAGCGUCUGCCAUCCCCAAGCCCGUCGCCCCCUCCUCCACCUCCUGUACCUGAGGUAAUUCGUGCGCCCACCAUCGAGAGGGAGGUUAUCACGCACUACAAGAACAUUGACCACGGCACCAUCCACCUCCCUAAGCCGCGCUCACCGCCGCCACCACCACGUCCAAUCCUCAAACAGACUCGUGAUUAUGAAGUCACCACCACCCGCGACACCGAGAUCGAUAUCUCCCGCAGUCGUGACCGUACCGAAGUCGACAUCCACGAGAGACGCCGCCGCUCCGUUUCCCGAGACCGUGGCGCUCUAGUUGUUGCUCGUCCACGGAGCCCAUCCCCCCCUCCACGUGUCGUCGAGACAGAGCGGGAACGCAAGAUCCGCGUUGAUAUCGACAACAACUCCCGACACCGCUCCACCAGCAUCAGUGCCGAGUUCCGCAAGGGGCAUGGCCACACCCACUCCCUUCCCCCUGCCCGGCGACCCGAUUACUCGGAAGAGUCUGACCGCAUCACGUCCCGUAUCGACAGUCGCGGUCGUAUGGGUGAGGCGUGGAACGGUUCAACCCGCGACUGGACCAUCGUCGAUGUCCCUCCUGGAACCGAGCGUGUUCGUAUGGACGGCGUGGGUGGCGGCGCAGCCGAGGUGACUUGGCAGCGGUACAAUGGCGUCCGGCGUGCCAAGUUCAUUCCAGAGCGCGACCGUGAUGACGACUCCUACACCAGCGUUAGUGAUCGGGAUCGGACCGAGACUCGGACCGAGAGUGAUCGUCUCGCAGUCGAGAUUCGGGACAAGCGGACGACUGAUGUCGAGAUUGAACAAACUACCCGGCGACGAUCAAGGCGCCAAGACGAAUCAAUGUGGACUGAGAUAACCAAAGAUCUUGUCUGCCGUGAGGCAAUAGUUGAUAUGGGUUACGAAUUUGAGGAGACGGACCUUUUCUACUAUGUGAUGCAAUACCUGAAAUACGAGGACGUUCUUCGCCUCGUCGAAGUUUCAGACGACAUUCGCCGGCACCGCAGGAGACACCUGCGCGAGAUCGAGUGGGAUCGCGAGUACCGUGACGUGGACUACUACCGCCGUUCUAGCAGGCGGCGGGGAGACAACUAUUACGACCGCGAGUUCGAGGUCGAUGUCGACAGAGAGGUCGUUUAUGACCGCCGCCCACGUGGCUACAUACGCUAAGAAACGAAUAUAAGAAAAUGUAAUGAAUGACAAGAGACGGACAGCAUCUUUUAUUCUUCUGCAAUAGUCAGCUGGAUGGCCCGGCUGUUUUCUUUCUUCUUAUGCUUUUUGUUUAUGAGCCAUGGACUAGGAUAAACUCUACUUUUUUGAGCUGUACAUCUGAUCCGCUUCUUGGUUAGGGUGGACUACAUGUCAUCUACCAUGUAUUUUGGGUUUGAUAUUUGUUACGACUUGACGAUUCUGAUGGGACAUUUGCAUUUUACCGUUAGUCUAGACUGCUAUUUAUCCUAUAUGUUUGGAUUACUAUGGA